AUGACGUCACACCGAUGGGUCUGGGCUGAGGUGGUGAGGUCAUGCUCGUCGACCGAAGGAACACAUGGCGUCGUCGCCAUCUCGUCGCCGCGUGUGUCCACCCGACAGGCUGUGGCGAUCGAUGGCGAGAGAGUGCGUGAGGGGAGGAGGGCGGCCGGACGACCAGCGUACACCACACAGUACACACGACCGCCGCAGUCCGCAAACGCGGCGGCUGCUUCUCGCCCUCAAGCAGUCGUUCACUUUCUCCUCUACCUCAUCCGGAAGUGA